AUGAGCGAUUCUGUUCGGCGCCGUAUCUUGAAGGAGAGAGCAGUGCCAAAGAUCGAAGAAUUCUGGUUCAUGACUGAACACGAGCAUCUUCGCGCAGCUGCAGCGGAGCUGCUUCUUAACAUGCUCUUUCUGGACGAAUUUUUCAAGGAUACUGUCAGGAAAGGUACCGACAAACUAAAGCUUUGGGUCCUUUAUGCAGCAGAGGAGAGCGAACGUCUUUCGCGUUGUGCUACAGCUGCUUUUGCCAUUCUAACAGAAGAUGUGGACGCGAAUCGUAGGAUUUUGGAUGAAAUCAAGUCAUGGCCUGAUAUUUUCAAGGAGAUCGCUAUGCGUGAAGACCCUGAAUCUCAAAGGCGAGGUCUUAUGGGCAUCGCAAAUAUAAUGGAAAGUGAUGAGAAACUUUGUGCGGAAAUUGUCGCGUCCGAGAUUUUCCGUGUUCUUGUGGCCAUAACAAAACUUGGAGAGAAGAACGAGGCGAGAAAAGGCGCCACUGAACAG